AUGAACAAUACCUCUGCUUCUACCAUCGGCUCAAGACAAGAUCUUGAUUCAUCAAAGAACUCUCCCUCCAGAAUGGAAGGAGUCACAUUGUGUAGUGCUUUUAUGCUGACAUUUGUCUUAGUUGUUGCGGGGAACUUAAUCACUAUUAUUCUUUUUGCAAAAAACAAAAACAUUCGCAAGAAAAAUUUAUUUUUACCCAUCAAUAUGGCGUUUGCUGACCUGUUUUUAGGAGCUGUUGGUUUACCUAUAUACAUUUAUGAUGUUGGCUUCUAUUUCCAGCUGUGGACCAGCCGGAUUGGGAACCUGAGCAGUAACAAUCGUCUCUAUAUUUUCUUCCUGGCCUUUGAUACAUUCUUCUCACAGGCUUCAAUCAUUUCUGCAGCCUUCAUAUCCUGUGAGAGAUUUUACGCCAUGUAUUGGCCGUUUAAGCAUCGAACAUUAUCAACUCGAACAUACCGUAUCCUUAUUAUUAUCGUGUGGAUAAUUACCCUAUUUAUAUCGGCGAUCUGGACUGGAUCAAACCUCCUUCUUUCUACCAAGCACACCAUGUUUGUUUGGGGGCUAUAUACUUUGAUUCUCGUGCUAAUAAUGUGUGGCUGUUACAUGGGUAUUUGGCGAAAGUUUCAGAGUGGUAGUGUCGCCACUUUACACCAGCAAAACAGAGACUUGCAAAACAAGCGCUUGACAAAGACCUUGUUAUUUGUAUCUGGCCUUUCUUUGCUGGCUUGGUUGCCUUUAAUAAUAUCAAACUUCUUGAAAUUUUUCUGUCUUUUACCAGUACAAUUCAAAUUUUAUUUCAUGGUAAACCUUAUAAAUUACUUCAACUCUUUUGUCAAUCCGGUUGUUUAUGCAUUACGAAUUGUCGAGUUUCGACAAGCUCUAACUACACGUUGUUUUCUCGGAAGAGAGCCAGCGAUGAACACGUCACUUGCUGAGGUUAGAAGUGAGACGAGAGGAAAAACUGAUUUCAUCUAUGAACUGGCGUUUGAACAAGUUGUAAUGGAUAUCAAACUGUAA